AACCCAAUUGAUUAAUUUAGAUCUUCAAAAUGUGUAUAAGUAGUAGAGAGGGAGCCCUGAAUCAUCAUUCCCAACACACAAACAAAUCCAAAAAUCUUGGCUUUUUGAGAAACAAAAUGGGUUCUGGGUGCAAAUGUGGUGACAGUUGUUCCUGUGGAGAUAGCUGCAACUGCCAAUCUGGGUCCAUCACAGAGGCCUUCAUCCUCAACAAGGAUGGGUGCAGCUGUGGGAGUAGCUGUUCAUGUGACCCAUGCAACUGCAAGUGAGCAAUGGGAGGGAUGGAUAAGCCCCAAACAACAAAGCUUCUUGUUCUUAAUACAAUAAAUUGACGAAUUUACCCACAAAGUUUGUUCCUCUUUUUUUUUUCUUUCUUUUGGAAUAAUGUAAUUAAGUGAGCCAUGGAAAUUGCAAUUCCAUAUGGAUUUGGGUUUGCUAUGGCUUCAACAAAUGUGUACUACUUAUGUGUUGUGGGUUUAGGGUUUCAUAUUCAUCAAACCUUCCAUGUGUU